UGUGGUUUUGCCUGUGAGUGUAAGGCGCUGUUUCACUUCUUAAGCCUUCUAAACGGCACCACAGUCGGCGGCAGAGCGAACGUUUCUUUAAUUCUGUUUUUUUGUGUGCGGUGGUUUUGGGGGCGAGUGUUAUCCCCCCCCCCUUCUCCGUCUUCUCUCUCCCUCUCUCCAAUAACGAGUUUAUGGCUGCCUCCUGCCCCCCCUCGUUUCACCCCUUGAGGGUCUAACCAGCUGAACAUUUCCUUGGAAGAAUUUAAACAUCAGAGAAAUCCAUCGGGUUGUAAAUACCUUUUCUGCUUCCCUAUCUGAUCCUCUAAGAGAUAAGCGAGGUUUUUCGUCUUCCAUUUGCCAUCCCCUCUUUUUAUUUAUGCAUUGUACCUCUUAUCCAACACCGCCGUUUCUGGACCUACAAACCUGCGUCAUUCGAACACAGCCGCAGACGGAACACUCGGCAAGCGCAGGGCAAGACGUUUUACCCAACGUAGCCCUGAACACCGCCGCCUAUGACCCGGUGAGGCACUUCUCCACAUACGGUGCCGCCGUGGCGCAGAAUCGGAUAUACUCGUCCCCUUUCUACUCGCCCCAAGAAAACGUGGUGUUCGGCUCCAGUCGGGGACCUUAUGAAUACGGAUCUAAUGUGUUUUACCAAGAUAAAGACAUGCUUCCCAGCUGCAGGCAGUCGGCUAUGGGCCACACUUCGCAGUCUUCCAUAGCGCAGGACUACAGCACUGACCCGAGCAGGACUGCGGGGCAGGAGCAAAAAGGAAGCGGUGUGCAGAUAUACCCGUGGAUGCAGAGAAUGAACUCACACAGUGGGGUUGGGUACGGUUCAGAUAGACGGAGAGGUCGCCAGAUUUAUUCCCGGUAUCAGACUUUGGAGCUGGAGAAAGAGUUUCACUUCAAUCGCUACCUGACCAGGCGCAGGCGGAUCGAGAUCGCCAACGCACUCUGUCUAACAGAACGCCAGAUCAAAAUCUGGUUCCAGAACCGGCGGAUGAAAUGGAAGAAGGAAAGCAAUCAGAGCUCGGUUCUGCCCGGCGGUACCGAACCCGGUCCCGGUCCGGAAGCCCAAGAAGAAGAAAAAGAAGACAUAGAAGAAGAGACGGAGGAAGAAAAACAGAAAGAGUAAAACAUAAACAAAAAAAACUCCUUUCUUUAAAGGCAAAAAAAAAAAACUUUUACUGUCGCUGUAACCCUUAACUAAACUACCUAUGUUGUUGGCACAACUUGAUAAUAAACUAAACAUUGUAUGCAAUUCAGGCGCUCUGUAAGACUGCAACGAGGCCACGUAUUAUCCAGUCAUUUGAAGUCUUUUAAUUAAGAAACUAUUUUUUUUAAGUGUUAGAAAUGGGGGAAAAAACAUACUUCGUACAAUCAUUGUUGUUGUCGACCCGUCCG